CUCCUUCCCCUUCAGGCCGGCGGCCACGCCCCUCCCGGGUUGCCUGGCGAAGCCUGAGGCCUGGCCGGGGCCUUGCUCGCCCGUCGCCGCGAUGCCGCACGGCUUCAAGGCUGGAGACCUGGUGUUCGCCAAGAUGAAGGGCUACCCGCACUGGCCGGCCCGGAUUGACGACAUCGUUGAUGGGGCUGUGAAGCCUCCCCCCAACAAAUACCCCAUAUUCUUUUUCGGCACCCACGAGACGGCAUUUUUGGGCCCCAAGGACCUCUUCCCUUAUGAGAAGUACAAGGACAAAUACGGGAAGCCCAACAAAAGGAAAGGUUUCAAUGAAGGAUUGUGGGAAAUCCAGAACAACCCUCACGCCAGCUACAGCGCACCUCCACCACUGAGCUCCUCCGACAGCGAAGUUGGCGAUGUCGACCCCGUCAGUGGAGGAGGGGGAGGAGGAAGCGACGUUCCCGGGGAGGAAGGCUCGACCCCAACCACAGGGGUCGGCGCAGCAGGGAUGACCGUGGAGAAGGCGGAGAGCGACGAGUCGGACAAAGGAAGCGAUCACAGCAGCAUGAAAAGGAAACCGUUAGCCAUGAAAAUGCCGGUAGCGAAACGAGCCAGGAAAUCUUCAAGUGACCUUGAGCAGGCCAGCCCCUCUCCUUCGGAGGAGAACUCCGAAAGCUCGUCUGAAUCGGAAAAGUACAGUGACCAGGACUUCACUCCAGAGAAGAAACCGCCUCCGAGGGCUUCGCGACGGGCACCCGCCGGAGGAUGGAAGAAAAAGAAAAUCGAGUCGGCCUCCGACUCGGAGAGCAAGGCCGACUCCGAGGAGGUGGAGGAGGAGGACAACAAUGACCGAGAGGGCAGCCGGGCCCCCACUCCCAAGUCCGACUCUGACUCCAACUCGGAUGAAUCCGUCAAGAAGCCCCCCCGCGGAAGGAAGGCAGCUGCCGAGAAGCCACCCCCCAAGCCCCGUGGCCGGAAGCCUAAACUUGAGAGACUUCCCAGCAGCUCCAGCAGCGACAGCAGCGACAGCGACGUGGACCGCAUUAGCGAGUGGAAACGGCGGGACGAGGCGCGCCGGCGAGAGCUGGAGGAGAAGCGGAAGCGCGAGCAGGAGCAGGAGCUGCGCCGGCUGCGGGAGCAGGAGCGGGAGGAGAAGGAGCGGAAGCGGGAGAAGGCCGAGAAGGGGGAGGCGGAGGCGGCGGAGAGCGAGAGCAGCGCGGACAGCGACACCCCCAGGAGGAGCAAGAAGGGGCAGCACAAGGCGGCCCCCUCAUCCUCGGACUCUGAGGCAGAGAAAGAGGUAAAAAAAGUACCGAAAAAGCAGCCGUCCUCAGAUCAUUCGAAGAAAUCAAGUCAAAAGGAGAAGCGAGGCCAAGGAGACGAGAAGGCGUCUCGGAACAAGUCUCUGAGAGCCGAACGAGGCAGGAAGAAGUCCGAUCUGCUGUCGGAAAGAAAAUUGGAGAAGAAAAAAGAGCCAACCGUUGAAGAGAAGCUUCAGAAAUUGCACAGUGAGAUCAAGUUUGCCCUCAAAGUGGACAAUCCGGACAUCAAGAGGUGUCUGAGCGCGUUAGAAGAGCUGGGCAGCUUGCAGGUCACUUCGCAGAUCCUCCAGAAGCACACUAACGUCGUGGCUACCCUGAAAAAGAUCCGACGUUACAAAGCCAACAAGGAUGUGAUGGAAAAGGCGGCCGAAGUCUACACCUGCCUGAAAUCGCGCGUCCUGGGCCCCAAAACGGGGGGCAACCAGAAGGUGCACAGGGCGGACGUGGAGAAGGAGGAAGGGGGCAAAGACAAGGAGAAGCUGCCGGCCGGGGAAACGGAGAACGAGCAGGGCGAGGAGGAGGAGGAGGAGAAGGAUCCUGAUCUCCCACCGCCCGUGAACGGGGAAUCGGCCACCCAGAAGGAAGAAGGGGAAGCGGAGGACAAGGGCCAAGGGGAAGACUGGACUCCCGGAGAGGGCAAGAGGGGGACGUCGCCCGAAGACACCCACAACGACGGAGCACAGGACUAUCCUGAGACGGAGCGGGCAGGGACGGAGCGAGGCAGGGCCCACCCAGAGUCGGACUCGGCGGACGAAGACGAGGAGAGUUGAGGGCGGCCGAAAGGGUCCCCGUUUCCCCUACCCCCGCCCUCCCACAAGGAAAUGGCCCCGGAUUGUGGUGAUGCUGGCAGCCUCCGCCCGGCGUUUUCUGCGAUGCUUCUCCGAGCCCCGCGGUAGAUGGCGUUCUAGGUCAUGUCCUCCCCGAGAACUCUUCCCCCCCCCCGCCCGCUCUCCUUUUUCCCCUUUCGCUCCCUCGAGAAUGAUGAACUUCGGAGGGGGCUGCCCCACCCACCCGCCCGCCCACCCCCGGUACGUUUGUAUUGCCCCCCACCCCCCGCGUUCCUCGGCUGUCCUCCGUGUCCUCCCCUCUCCCGCCUCUCGCCUUUAAUCUUGUGAUUUCCACAGACACGAAAUGAAUAUAUAAAGGGUUGUUUUUUUAAUGAAAAAAAAAGUACGAAAGAAAGAAAAAGGC